AUGGAUCCCACAGUAUUCCUUUUUCUGCUCUUGAAAAGCCUCACCCAGUACCCACAGCCUGUGGCUGAUGCACUGGAUGAGGAAACGAGUCUGCGCAUGCAAGCGCGUGCACAACACCUGGAAUGGGAGAGACUUCAGCUGGAGCAGGAGGUGGAACAGCUGCCCCAGAAGCAGAAGCCACUCUUGCAGCUCUUAUCUGUUGCUGUGCUCCUGGUCCUGCUCUUGGUCCUGUGGUUUACCGGGUGGAAAAACAGCCUGAGGAGAGAGGAGGGUGAAGAAGCAAACCGGGGUGCAAAUGAAGAGGAAGUGGACAAUGUUGCCGCAAAUGAAGAUGACGAUGUUGGAAAUGAAGAUGACAAUGAGGCUGAAAUUGUGGAAAACAACGACGAUGUUGUAAAUGAAGUGCAAGAAGAAGACGAUUUUGAGCGUGAUGAUCGCGUUGGACGAGUUAUAAUGGAGCGCAUCCAGUGGCCUGUACAGGACCUGCAGGCAGGCUGUCACUGGACAACUCACCUGAUGGACAAUUAUACGGUUUUUUUUGGCCACAUCUUGGCAAACAGUUUCUACCCAGUCCUGGAACGAGCCAUCGGGGUGGGCAGUGCCUUUGAAGGCUGGAGUCCCCGUGAGCAGGAUGUCGUCUACCGCGUGCUCAUACCCAUGGAACCUCCCCGAGGCCACAGCUUCCACCUGGAGCUGGACAGUGCAGGGCAGAGGCAGGUGAGGAACUUCCGUGUCCGCGUGCAGCUGGAGUGCAUCUGCAGCAGGGAGCAGCAGGCUGGGGACAUGCUGUGCUUCCUGCAUCACCCCAAAGAGGAGCUGAGGAGGAAUCAGGAUCCCAGCCUCCUAGACACCCUGUGCACCGGCUCCUACCUUGACGUGCACAAAACGGCCCGCUGGUUCCGGCAGCUGGUGAAAGCAGUCUGGCCAGCUUUGCCUCAGUCACACAACUGGCAUUUAGUGCUGCUGCCCUCCACACGCUCCUGCCAAUUCAAGGCGACGAACAGAGAAGCAAGCUUCAGGAUUGAGAUGCUGUUUGGGGUGCAGAGAGGUGACUCAGCCGUCUUUGUCAGCAGCCAGACUAGAGAGGCCCACACAGCAAGCACAAUCUGGCCCGAGUCUUACGCUGUGGCAGAGGCUGAGUUCUUCAAGCUCAUUGCCAGGCGGGCUCCCCCUGACAGCUUGCACCUCAAAUGCCUGCAGUUCUUCACCCGUCUUCAGCUGGGCUUCGACUUCUCCACCUACACCAUGAAGACCAUUGUCAUGCACCUGCUCAACGUCACACCCAUCUCAAUGUGGCGCAGGAGAGAUCUCCUGCAACGACUAGAGGAUAUCAGCGAGAGCCUGCACUUAUGUUUGCAAGCAAAACACCUCAACCACUUCAUUGUGGGUAACCAGAGGCUCCCUAAGGACAUCAUUUUACCGCCAGAUGUUCGGACGGCUGAGACAUACAAUCUCCUCCAUCACCUGGCGCAGCGGCCGGAUCUCCACACCCAGGCACUCUAUGAGUACCAGGUUCUGCAGAAGUGGCUGAAGAGAAUCCUUCUUGCUGAAGACUGA